AAAGGUUCUGAAAUUUUUGUGUAUUAAGAAAUACAAAUAUUUUAUCCAUCUGUUGGUACGAAACGACAUCGUUUUACGUUUGAUAGAUUUGGAUUAUGAAAAUGAAAAACCUGUCUUCAACCCAAUUUCUCUUCAUCUGUAUAGUUCAGCAGUUCCCGCCUUUUCCCUCUGUCGUAAAGUGAUCAAAACCGCUUUCUCGUCUUCAUUUACCUCAAAAAUGAGCAGUUCUGGAGAUAGUUCCCCUGAUUGGUUGCGUUCUUAUCAGGUGCCUACUCCUAAUUCGCCAGUUACACUGUCAUCUGAUUCCGAGUAUUUACAUGAUAGUCGUAGUUUUUCUGAUGAGGAUAUAAUUGACGAUGAAGAUUCAUCUCCUAAGUCACCUAAGAAUCUUAAGGCCAAUAAGAACAAGGGUAGUGCCAAGUCUUCAACUAAAAAGACAUUAGAAAGAAAAAGUCUUACGAUAGAAGAUGAAGCACCGCCCACAAGAAAGAAAUUGUACACGCGGAAGGAUAAAAAUGGAAAGAAGGAGGAAAAGAAGAUCAAGCUCGAUUCAGACACCGACAAGGAAGCAGAGCAUAAAGAAUCUAUUCAUUCAAUGUGGGAGCUGUCAUCAGACUCUGAGUCAUGUCGUGAUCAUAGCCCAAAAACUGAAGAUCAGAUUGAUCAGGUGGAAACUAAACCCCAAACAUCUCAACCUCCUGGUGAAGAUGGACUUCUCCGUGACAAUGACGGAAAGUCUCCAUCCAAAAAGGCUUCAAAGGCAAAGGCAUCACAAAAACAAACAGACUUAGAAGAUUGCACACCAGUAAAAGGGAAGAAAACGAAGGUUAAUGCAAAGGGGAAAGGUGGUGAUGGAGAUGUAGAAGUUAAAGACGAAGAAACUUUUGAAAAGCCUGUUGAACCUAAUGUUUCCUCCUCAAUAUUGCCUUUGAUGCUUUCUGAGAAAGUUCAUCGCACAAAGGCUCUUGUUGAGUGUCAAGGUGACUCCAUAGAUCUAAGUGGUGAUAUGGGAGCUGUAGGGAGGGUUAUUAUCUCAGAUUCCCCAUCUGGGGAUCAGGAAAUGUGCUUAGAUUUGAAAGGAACAAUAUACAAAACAUCUAUAAUUCCUAGCCGGACGUUUUGCGUUGUUAGCUUUGGGCAGACAGAGGCAAAGAUAGAGGCCAUCAUGAACGACUUCAUACAGCUGAAUCCACCGUCUGAUGUUUAUGAAGCUGAAACUAUGGUUGAAGGGACAUUGGAUGGUUUUUCCUUUGAUUCUGACGAGGAAGAUGGUAAGAGGCAGAAAACCACCCACCCAUCUGAUCAAAACGAGCACGCUGAGGAACAGACACCUGGUAAAUCCAAACGGAAAGCGGACAAAACAUCAGGUGCUGAAAAGAAAAGAGGUAAAAAUACUGGAGGAAAAUCACAGCCAAAGACAGCAAAGAAGAAAGCUCCAAGUUCCAAGAGGGCAAAGCCUAAGAAAUGAGUCAAAGAAAGAUUCUAUUAUUUACUGUAUAUGCCUGUACUAAAUAACUGAUUCUUGAAUUAAAAGUAGGAUGCUGAAUCAAUUUACCAAUGACAGAGAUGGUAAAUCCGCGAUAGUAGAUCAGUUGCUGUUAGAAUUCUUACCAAACCCCGAGCAGGAAAAUUUAAAAAUAUGGUCUGCUGAAUGAGUUAUUAUCAAUUCCUUGUUAUAUUCCUCAUUAUAAUGUUUCGAUACACUCAUUGUGA